CUCCUGUCCUGUCGCUGGUUACCUGGGAGAAGAGCCCGAACCCCCGGCUACACCCUCCUUCCAGGCAUUUGUGGAGAGCAGUGAGGUCUCUCCUGAGCCUCCUCUGCCUCACGCUAAACCCCCGCAGCUCCCUCAAGCCGUUCUUCCCAGGACAUGUCCUCCAGUGCCGGCCCUUCUCCGGACCCGAGCGUGUCUCUAUCCCUACAGGGGCCGCAGGUUCGGGACGGCUCGGAGCUCCUUGGGGGCGGUUCCCGCCGCCGCGGCCGGCGCGCUGCGAUGACCUCACGGCGCGGCCCCGGGCCCGGCGGAAGCGCUGCGGGAGGGAGGCCGGGCGAGGGCCGGGGCGGCCCGGGCUGCGCUGCCCGCCGGCCGCCGAGCGCCAUGAGCGGGGCCGGCCCCGCGUCCCCGCCGCCCGCCGACAGGAGACGGGACUCUCCGGCCGCCGGGUCCCCGAUUCAGCCCAUCAUAAAGGAUGUUGGGGAAGUCUAUUCAAGACUGCUGGAUCACCGACCAGUAAUUCAGGGAGAAAUACGUUACUUUGUUAAAGAAUUUGAAGAAAAACGUGGCCUCCGAGAACUGCGAGUACUUGAAAAUCUCAAAAAUACAAUCUUUGAAACAAAUGAACGUGUUCUUCCGAAGUGUGAGCAAGCAAUGCAAGACAAUUUGAGUGAAACCUUCAAGAGAUUGCAAGCUGCCAAUGCUAUGAUCCAUAGACUCCAAGAGAGGGAGUCUGAAGCGAGAAAGCUUCAGGCAGACAAGGUGAUGGCUCGUGAGGAGAAGUGCAUUGCUCACUGGGAGGAGUUCAUGAAAGAACAGCAGAACAAACGUGCAGAGGUGGACGAAGAGCACAGAAAAGCUAUGGAGCGCCUCAAAGAGCAGUAUUCUGAGAUGGAGAAGGAACUGGCCAAAUACGCUUCUUUUUAAGACCUUUUUCAAUAAUGCUGGAUUUGUGCCAUGCUCAGUUGCUUCUGACUUAAAUUGAGGUUCUUUUGGAAAGUUGAAGCUGAUAGAAAAAGGAGAACUUCCUUGGUAUGGGAAGAAAAGGUUUGCAUACUUUCAACUUAAGUGCCUAUCUAUGCUUUUUUGGUUCAGGGCAGGCGGAAUGCCAGCAUUUCUUUCUAUUUCUUGUUUUUUGGAAGGUGGAACUGAAAACUGUGUGACUACAUCAAGCUCAGGGAGUUGCGAACUGGAGUUCUCUCCCAUCGGCCGAGUAUCGUAUCAUUUGGGAAAACAGAGACUAAUGUAAUAUCAGCUAUCCUGGUGUGCAGCCACAGCCCUUUCUCAAAAAGUAGGUUAAUAGAUUCCAGCCAUAGUUAGCUGAGAAUUCACUGGGAAAGCUAUAUUCUGCUUGUAGAUUUCAAGAAAAUAAACUUGUCUUUUGGAAUAUUUUACUUUGAAGAUUGACCAGUGAAAGAUCUCAACAGAGUUUUAAAUCCAAUUGUAAUUCAAACCUUUGGGUUGUAUGUUCAGUAUUAUGAAGCCGAGUUGCAAUUUGAAUGGUUUUUGUUAACAUAAAAAUUGUAAGGUAAGCUUGGUCAACAAUUCUUUUUUUUUUCCUCCCUGUAAAUGUCUCAGGUGUCUCUUUUAUUGUUCUAAGCAAAGCCAAAAUACUAAAAAAGUGAUCAUGAGAAGCAUAUCAGUCUUUGUAUUAGCUUUGUAGCUAGUACAGUUUUACCUUAAAUAUUUGGCAUGCUGUUGGUUUACUUAGGAUAAGCUUGUCAGAACUUUAUGAAGCAAUUGAGGUAAGAUUUUUGUUUCUUUAUCAGCGUAACAAAUGAGCAGAUUAGUGGUUAAAUCCUGUAGUACUGAUCUGCUUUCUUACCAACUUUUACAGUGUAUGUGAAAUACGUUCCUGCACUGCUUUCCUUGAUCCCAAACUUGCAGUUACCGGCAGUGUAACUGAAGAAGUUAACUCAAUCAGUUCAUUAACCAAGGAAAAUGAGACAUAGUACCUUAAUGAAAUUUGCUGCAAGCUAACCGUUAGCGCAGGAAAUAUCUUUCCAUAAUUUAGCUGGUGUCCAAUGUAGAAUGGAAACAGGUACAAAUAAACAGAAUUUACGCUUUACCUGUAUUGCAGCAGUAAUAUACCAACAAGGGUUGCUUGUGUAAGUUUAUGGCUUGGUUUCAAGGCUCCAUUCCUGGCAGCAUGUUGAUAGUGUGAUUAAAGUUAGUAGAGGAGAUGGAAUAAGUAUUUGAGAUUUCUUUCAAUAACAUUGAAUUCCUGCCAAGCUGCUCUGCCUGCUACCGUGGGCCCAACAGCUUCAUCAAUCAUCAUUGUGUAUCUGGACUGAAAAGAGGAUUUGCCAACACUGGAGCACGCUGGAAUGUUGUUAAUUCUCUGUUCUGAAUGGAAAAAACAUAGAUGUCUCAAAAGGAUCCCACACAUGAAAAAUAGGAAAGCCUCUUUUUUGAACAACCCCUAUCUGAAUAGACAGUGACUUCUGUAAUAUUUCUCUUGUGUAUCCGUGAUGAAUGUUGUAACUAAGCUCAGACUUUUCAUUUUAAAAGAAAAAAUUAGUUCUUGUCUGUCUUUAGAAUUGGGUGUGGAAUAGUUUUGUUUGGAGCACAGACUGGAAGUGGCUUCUCUUACCAGAUUAUUUGAUGUAUAUGUGCUCAAAGCCCAAAUAUCUUUCUAAAAAAAUGCAUUUAACUGCAUACUGAAUUAAUUUUUAUUUUUGCACUGAUAAUUUUUAUUAAGAUUUAGAUAUCUAAUUAACUGUGCACUGGAGCUGUAAGUUUUAGUAUUUCAUCAAUUUGGUGGCUCAUAAGCAAUGAUGCAAGUGUUACAUUUGGAUAUUCACUGGAAAAUAAAGUGGUAUUUACAAAA